UUCAUGUUGACUCGACUAGACUAGUUUUAAAAUUAAUCCUUGAUCAAGACUUUCUACUCUUUUUAAUUUUAUUUUAGAAAACUGAAGAAUUUUGGCUGCACUACAAUAGAAUUGUCAGAAUAAAUUUGACAGUUGAGCCAGCUGAGUGGAUGACUUGAUGGAUGACAGCAGUGAUCAUGGCAUCUGGUUAUCUACAGCUUGCCCCCCAAAGGGUCAGCAAAAGGCCAAGGUGUCAAAUGGCAGACAAAACAAACCGCUCUCAAGUAAAAUCCCCCCACGAAAAAUGAUGAUGCUUGGUGGAGGUUUAAGUUGUGGUUUCUUCACCCAGAAUUCCCCGCCCCCACCUCAGCUGUUGACUGCGAGGAAACAGAGCUCACUCACAGACUUCUUUAGGUCAACAGCAGAAGACAAAAAUGUGGAGUUGGUCCAGAAUGUCAAGCCAUCAAGAAGUCAAGCUACACACAAGACAAUGGAUGCAGUAGAGUGUGUUGAGGCUGUUGACAUCAGGACAGAUGUUCUUCACCAUUCACCAACCAAAAACUUGUACACACCAUCCAUAAACACACCAUCCACAGACAUAACCCCACCAACAGAAAAGAUCAACACACCUACCAAAAAGAGCAACACACCAUCCACACCAAUUAAAAAGAUCAACACACCAAUUAAGAAGCUCAAUACACCAAUUAAAAAGAUCAACACACCAAUUAAGAAGCUCAAUACACAAUCAGUAAAUAUUGACUUAUCCACUAAUAACCUCAACACAUCCUCCAUGAGCAUCAAUACACCAUCCAUAAACAUCACGGAGUCCAGUGACAUGAACUCACAAACUAACGACUUCACCAUGCUAACCAUUAACACAACAAUCAUGAGCACUAACACACCAAACCUUGAUAUAUACACACAGUCCCGUGACAUCAACACACCAAACCUGAGCACAGAGUCUGACGACACCAGUGGAGAUGAGAAACUAUUCACGUCUGCUACUGAUUGUGAGUUGGACAUAGACAAGGAGAACUUAGAACCAGCUUCGUUAACAGUCAGCGUCAAAGAAAAUACACAACGAAGAAAAUUAUCAGCAGAUGAGUGGACUUUCUGUCAGGUUGCGAGUCCACAGACCAAAAAAAUCAAACUGGCUAGGGGAGUGGACGAUGACAUACUGCCAUUCUCUUGUCAAACUGCUGACACUAGGCACAAGCGUGAGAGGCCAGUGUUGUCUCCCCUUAAACAGGCUUGUCUAACUGGCAUACUGCCUGGAAAAAAUCUGGCCGAUUUUGACAGCUUUACUUUUUCUAACUCCUUACAGUUGACUGUAGCAGCUGACAAUCAGAAUGCUGCGGUACUACAAGAUGAGAAGUUCAGGAGGCUGAAGGAGAAACAUUUGGAGGAGAUGGGAACGCUUACUUUCACUCAAACUUUGGUUUAG